GCAAUCAAAGAUCUUUACUAUCAAGAUAGAUCGCUACCAAUGUUUCUAUGUGUUGUAAUUUGAUGCUUUAGCGAUGUCCGGAUUUGCCUGUCAAAAUGCCACUUCAAGAGCUUGUGAACCAUUUUUAAAAAUAGUGCAACGUUUUUUUUUCAGGCCAAAACUAUGCUGCCUGUACAAUACAUAACCCUAAACACGUCUUUUGGUUGUUAGCUACCUGACAUUACUGCGGUUGUGAGUAUGCCUUCAAUUGUGACAGAAAGGAUUAUUUCUUUAUAUUGACUCUUACGCGAUAGUCUUAAAAAUUAUAUAUACACGUCUCAAUGAUAUUACAGUGAAUAGAGUUCAUGAAGAAAGAUAUAAAAAUGGGUUGCAAUCCUCAUGUUUGGUAAGCUAGGCAAAACCGGAAGUACACUGAAGAAAACAUCUCACCUCGGCAUUGCUAACGGCCCACUUUCUCCUUUGAGACAGCCGUUCGGUACUUUCCGGACUCGUUCGGCAUAACUCGUCAUCUCCUCUUUCACUGCAGCGCCUUCGCCGAGCGGACUGGCCCGCUGCCCUCAUCCGAGUUCCGAGUGCACCCUGUCGGAUCUAUUAAACGACCACCGCCGGCUCCCCGGAAGCUCUCAGCUCGCGUACAAAUGCAAGCUAUCAAAUGUGUGGUGGUCGGCGACGGGGCUGUGGGUAAGACCUGUCUGCUGAUUAGCUACACCACUAAUGCAUUCCCAGGAGAAUACAUCCCCACUGUCUUUGACAACUACUCCGCCAAUGUUAUGGUGGAUGGGAAACCAGUCAAUCUGGGCCUUUGGGAUACAGCUGGACAGGAGGACUACGACAGGCUCAGACCAUUAUCUUACCCGCAGACGGAUGUGUUCUUGAUAUGCUUCUCCCUGGUCAGUCCGGCUUCUUUUGAGAACGUCCGAGCUAAGUGGUACCCUGAAGUGAGACACCAUUGCCCUAACACCCCCAUCAUCCUGGUGGGCACCAAACUGGACCUGCGAGAUGAUAAGGACACCAUUGAGAGGCUGCGGGACAAGAAGCUCUCCCCCAUCACCUACCCUCAGGGUCUGGCCAUGGCAAGAGAGAUUGGUGGGGGCCGUGAAGUACCUGGAGUGCUCCGCGCUGACCCAGCGAGGCCUGAAGACGGUGUUCGACGAGGCCAUCCGAGCCGUGCUCUGCCCUCCGCCUGUGAAGAAAAGGGGGAAGAGGUGCACCGUGUUCUGAGCAGCAGAAAAAUCCCCAAACUAGAAGCACCACUAGGAUGAUGAGGCGAGUAAACUAGCUUGAGUGGAUGUUCACUGCUAAGAUUGCUUUCUUUAUAUUGAUGUUUUUUCAACGCGAUAUUGGUAACAGGACCAAUAUUUCUCUGAUUGUGUUCUCAUUACUAAAUAAGGUCAAAUACGUACAUUGAGUGUUUUGUACUCAUAGAACCACACUGAGUUCCCAUGAGGGCUAACAACGGUUUCUAUUGUCUUACCUGUCCUUCUGUCCUUGCUUGCGUGAAUGAAUGCCGCCUUGACUGAUAGAACGUGAACUGUGAACAUGUCUUAAGGGUACGCCGUGAGUUUUUACAUUAGAACAUUCAUAUGAGGAACUAAAAACGCGUCCUGAAAUUACAAUUCAAGCAUGAUGACGUCAAGAAACGGUUAUUGAGCACUUGUGUAAAAUUAGCUGUGGAUUUUAAAGCGUUCAUAGAAAUUGACUCAUAGGGAAAUAUUUAUAAACACUUAAUUUAAUAACAUUUAAUAACAGGACAUAUCUAUCAAAUCCCAGAAUUUGCAUUGGUGACAAGAAAUCUUUAACUUGGGGACAAUGUUGGAAAUUUUAUGGAGUCUGUAAAAUUUGUCCUGCAAGUAUAAAUGAAUGAAAAAUGUUUCUUGGGUGUAUUAACUAACAUGAAACACCUAGAAAAAAAAAGAAAAUUGAGACUCCUGGAGUCAUAAUGAAAUGAAUAAAUCCUGGACCAUGUGUCAGAAAAUGCGUGGGUCAUCAGAUGAUGGUGACAUUUUAUUCUUCCUGAUAAUUACAUUGUGUAAAAACUAUAAAAACCUGCUUAAAAGGAAUUGUCACAAUCGGGAAUUAGGAAUAAAGGCAUUGUAUUUAACUGAUUUAGGUGGAAAGUGGUUUGAAAACUUAAUGGGGCCAAUAACCAGCUGGUCAGCCUUGUUAGUAGAUUUUUUUUCUCUGUCUCAUUUCAAUUUAAUGCAAGCUUAAAAAAAAAAAGUAAGGAUUUGCCAGAAGACAAUGCCUGCUCUCAGCCCACCUUGAGUUGUGUAACAAUUUGGCAAAUGUGUUGUUGCUGAGAUAAGAAUUGAACACCCUCCUCCUUUUCUGACAUUUUUCACAAUUCAAGCACAAUGAAGAAAUAUUACAAAUACUAAAAUUGUGCUGUAUUCCAUUUGGACUCCUAAAAAUUAGUUUAAUCUUCAGAAUAAAUAUGACCACUUUGAUCUAAACUAUGGAAUUUAUUUAUCGUGAUGCAUUUCAAAUGUUAGUUACAAAAAAAUAAAAAACCCUCAUGUAACGCAAAAUGAAAUCCUCAACGUUGGAUUUGAUGGACUUUUUGUUGUUUGUGGUCGAAAAUCAUCUGACGUUACUGUUUGAGUAACUUCUUCCUAACUGUGAACACGUGACGGACAAACAUUGAAAACCUUGCUGCCUCUGAGGGUGGAGGAGUUUGCAUGGGUCUUAAAAUAUUCUGCCAUUGUUUUGAUGUUGUUUGUACGUGCGCAUGUGUGCGAUUGCGUGUGUGGGCGUGUGCGAGAACAUUAAUAAGUUUGGAGGAGGUGCAUGAAAGACAGUAUUGUUUUUGCCAAGUUUUUAGUGUCAGGUUUUUGGUACUAUUUCAUAUUGUACUGCAGUGAGAGAAAAAAACAACAAAAAAAAACCACGACUGUCAAAACAAAAUAACAUGUACGGAAUAAUUCUUAGAAAAUGAAUGCUUUAUGAAGCCCAUUCAACUUUUAGAAGUCGAAAAUGAAACCAAGCGAUUCAUGUCGAAGUUAGAAGUGUUGCCAACGUUGUAGAAUAAAAAGUCAACUAUCAGUGACAAGAAAGAUUCACUUUUUAUGAAAUAUACUCAAAGUAUUUCUCCAGGGUUGUGGGGACACUCGCACCUAUUUGUCAUGAUUGUUUUCUUGACUGGCAUAGCUAAUUUUGUGGUUGAGUAAUGUGUUGUCCUGCCUAGAUAAGGUGUCGAAGUAAAGCUGACAAAUGCAGCACCAAUUCCUAAUCUACUACUGCAUGGAAGUUCUAUGGUUAUUUGACACGCUGUAAUUCUUAGGAGAGGUUGAAACGCAUCGGCCAUGUACGUAUGUAAUGUAAGAUGAAUUGUGUCAACGGUGUCUCAUUUCUUUUUAUUCAUUUGAUGACUUCACGUCUGUGUGGUUAAAUAUUUCAAUUUUUUGGAAUACUAAAUACAAAUGUAUAUGUACGUCUGGCUUUUUGUCCUGAUUUAUUCGACACACGAGACAUUACAUGUAAAAUCAUCAAAGAAAGUGGAAUAAAAAGUAUCUGGAUAUGGACAA